AUGCUAGCAGCUCCUCUCCCACAGGGGAAGCCCAAGCCCCAGGCCUCGUGGACUCACAACGGCCAGGCCCUCGACAGCCAGCAGGCAAGUGUGCGCAGUGGGGACCAGGAUUCCAUCCUCUUCAUCCGCAAGGCCCGGCGCUCCGACUCGGGCUGCUACGAGCUCACCUUGCAGCUGGAAGGCCUGGAGGCCAAGGCGGCCAUUGACAUCCUGGUGAUCGAGAAACCUGCACCCCCCGGCAGCAUCCGGCUACUGGAUGUCUGGGGCUGUAAUGCUGCCCUUGAAUGGACACCACCCCAGGACACAGGCAACACAGAGCUGCUGGGCUACACAGUGCAGAAAGCAGACAAAAAGACAGGGCAAUGGUUCACGGUGCUGGAGCGCUACCACCCCACCACCUGCACCCUCUCCAACCUCAUCGUGGGCAACUCAUACUCCUUCCGGGUCUUCUCCGAAAACCAGUGCGGGCUCAGCGACUCGGCGGCCGUCACCAAGGAGCUGGCCCACAUCCAGAAGGCAGAUAUUGGUGCUAAAUCUACGGGGUUUACUGAGCGAGACUUUUCCGAGCCCCCCUCAUUCACACAGCCCCUGGCUGACCACAGGUCCACCCCUGGCUACAGCACUCAGCUGUUCUGCAGUGUCCGGGCAUCCCCCAAGGCCAAGAUCACCUGGAUGAAAAACAAGAUGGACAUCCAGGGGGACCCCAAAUACCGGGCCCUCUCUGAGCAAGGCGUCUGCACCCUGGAGAUCCGCAAGCCCAGCCCCUUCGACUCGGGCGUCUACACCUGCAAGGCGGUCAACGUGCUGGGGGAGGCGUCGGUGGACUGCCACCUGGAGGUCAAAGAGGAUGUUCAAGUGGGGACACGGACCAAUGUCGGGAAGGAGGUGGCGGAGUUCACCGUGGCCGGGGGCAUGUGGCACCCAGCUCCACCGGACUCCAGGGCUCCCAGCAGACGCCAGGGCCCAGCCUCCCAACGCCUGCCCGUUUCCAUGGUGACAGCCAAGGAGCGGCCACCUGUACCAGCUUGA